ACCGGAAGCCGAAAGUUUGUAUGUGAGUAAAGCACGGUUAAGCAACACUGAACCUUCGUCCGUUGCAUAGGCGUGGGAGAAGUGUGUUUAACUUUCAGUUACAAUACAACGGCAAGUAUGAAAUGAGUUUGUGUGCGUUUUAAUAGAGAAACGAAUCCAUAUGCGAGAAAGACAAAACAGUUUUAAAGGGAAUUCAUUUUCUCAAGGCAAGGGACAGUUACAGCAGUUCGCUGAUUUUCGCAGCAGGAGAGACGAUGUGGGAGCAAGAGGAAUUUGAAAAACAUUGGAAGAAUGAAUUCCCUGACGGGAAUGCACCUAAAAUGGAUUUAAAUUCGGUGGAAGAUGUCGAGACAGAGUUAGAGAAAUGUAAAGCCAAUCUCAAAACGCUACAAAAGGCGCUGACGGAGGAGAAAUUCAAGGUGAUAUACCUACAGACCACCAUCGCUCAACUGAAGAAAAGUUAUGACAAAGAUAGGGGGGAAGCAAGUAAAGAUGAAAACUUUAAUGUUCAAUCUUUUCAAUCAAAGAAAGAAUCAGAAAAUAAAUCGCUUACGGUGAACGAAAAGGUGGACAGCGAAAGUAUACCUGGUUGUGGAAGCAUCAAAUUACAAACCCCAGGCAGCAAAGGCACCAAACCAGAGCCACCGACCAGAAUCAGUAGUAUGACAGGUAAAACUGUGCCACCCGCGCCCCUGCGCAAGCCCUGCUUCCAGAAACCAGUCAAUAUGAUUCCACAGAGGCUGUCUCCUGCGGAUGGAAACAGCACCGUCCACGUAGGGGAAUUGAAUACCGUGACCGACGUCAGCUGCAGGGAGGCUAGUGACCACGAAUAUGAGGAUGUGGAGCUCAAUGAGAAUUUCGUGAAGAGUAACUUGCUGACUCCCAAAACUACAGCCAGGGACAACCAGGGAUCGAACCCCCACCGGGAUGCCCUGCGCACUUUCCGCAAGAGCAGAGACUUUGACUCCAGUGAUGAAGGGAGGCUGUCUCCGUCUAGCAUCCCUGCGCCCUACAGGACAUACCGUACUUCUGAGUCUGGACGCAGCACUCCAGACAGACGCAGUGAUGGUUACUUGAGCUCGGAACACGAAGACUCCUCUUCAGAUUUCAACUAUAACACAGACGGUUAUGACGGUGACGCUGCAGAGGAUCGGAAGAGUCAAGACGGUUCAGAGACCAUGCCCUUCAUAGACGAGUCCCCUACAAUGUCCCCCAGCCUGUGUGCCUGCGGCCCCGAUGGGGAGGCCAUCUCCCCUGUCCCCCCAGAGGGUCUGCUGCCCGGGGGGGACAUAGAGAAGGGUCUGGAGAUGAAAAAACUUGUUCUGUCUGGCUUCCUGGCCAGUGAGGAGAUCUAUAUCAACCAACUGGAAGCUCUGCUUCUGCCCAUGCGCCCUCUGAAAGCCACAGCCUCCACUUCCCAGCCGGUUCUGACCAUCCAACAGGUGAACACCAUCUUCUACAAGAUCCAGGACAUCUUCGAGAUUCACAAGGAAUUCUACGAUUCUCUCUUCCCUCACAUCCAGCAAUGGGACGAGAAGGUCACCGUUGGACACCUCUUCCAGAAACUGGCCAGUCAGCUGGGGGUUUACAAGGCCUUUGUUGACAACUACAAAACAGCCGUGGAAACAGCAGAGAAAUGCAGCCUGGCCAACUCCCAGUUCCAGAAGAUCUCCGAGAACCUGAAGGUAAAGGGACCUAAGGAUUCUAAGGACAGUAACACCCAUGUCACCAUGGAAGCCCUCCUGUACAAGCCCAUUGACCGUGUGACCAGAAGCACACUGGUUCUUCAUGACCUUCUGAAGCAUACCCCUAAGGACCACCCAGACUUCCCUCUGCUGCAAGACGCUCUGAGGAUCUCCCAGAACUUCCUAUCGUCCAUCAACGAAGAGAUCGAUCCACGUAGGACGGCUGUCACCACGCCUAAGGGAGAGGCUCGUCAGCUUGUGAAGGAUGGUUUCCUGGUGGAGGUAUCAGAGAGUUCCAGGAAGCUGCGUCAUGUCUUCCUGUUCACUGACCUGCUACUCUGUGCUAAGAUGAAGAAAACCUCUGUAGGGAGACAACAGCAGUAUGAGUGUAAGUGGUACCUCCCGCUGGCAGACCUGACCUUCCAGACACUGGAUGAGUCCGACGUUUGCCCCCACAUCCAGGUGCUGCCUGAACAUGAGAUCGAGGAGAUGAAGAUCAAGAUCUCUGUCAUCAAGAACGAGAUCCAGAAAGAGAAGAAAGCCCUGAAGGGCCAGAGUCGUAAUGUGGAGCGUCUCAGGAAGAAGAUGAAUGAGCAAGAGUCCUGGCUUCUUUUACACUCACCCACCAUCCCAUUUCGCAUCCACAACAAAAACAGCAAGUUUUGCCCCCAGAGCUACCUGUUCCUGCUUUCAUCAGACUAUGAGAGGUCAGAGUGGAGAGAGAGCAUCCAGAAACUACAGAAGAAAGAUCUGCAGCCAUGUCACUUGACGUCUGUGGAGCUGCAGGUCCUGACCAGCUCCUGUUUCAAACUCCGAACUGUCCACAACAUUCCUGUCACCAGUAAUAAAGAUGAUGAUGAGACCCCAGGCUUGUAUGGAUUCCUCCAUGUCAUCGUCCACUCGGCCAAAGGUUUCAAGGAGUCAGCCAAUCUGUACUGUACCCUGGAGGUGGACUCAUAUGGUUACUUUGUCAGCAAGGCCAAGACCAGAGUCUUCAGAGACACCACAGAACCACAGUGGAAUGAGGAGUUUGAGAUCGAACUGGAGGGUUCUCAGUGCCUGCGGAUCCUGUGCUACGAGAAAUGCUAUGACAAGAUGAAGCUCAACAAGGACGACAAUGAGAUUGUGGACAUCAUCAUGGGCAAGGGCCAGGUGCAGCUGGACCCACAGACACUGGAAUCUAAGAACUGGCACAUGGAUGUCAUAGAGAUGAAUGGGAUAAAGGUGGAGUUCUCCAUGAAGUUUACAAGCCGGGACUUGAGUUUGAAGAGAACACCUUCCAAAAAACAGAGCGGAGUAUUCGGCGUCAAAAUCAGUGUUGUGACGAAGCGUGAGCGGUCCAAGGUGCCUUACAUCGUCCGGCAGUGCAUUGAGGAGGUGGAGAAGAGGGGGAUUGACGAGGUGGGAAUCUACAGGAUCUCAGGGGUGGCCACUGACAUCCAGGCCCUCAAAGCAGCGUUCGACACCAAUACCAAAGACAUCCUGGUGAUGUUGAGUGAUAUGGACAUCAAUGCCAUUGCUGGGACGCUGAAGCUGUACUUCCGCGAGCUGCCAGAGCCCCUGCUCACUGAUCGCCUGUACCCAGCUUUCAUGGAGGGCAUAGCUCUUUCAGACCCUGCAGCCAAGGAGAACUGCAUGAUGCACCUGCUGCGCUCACUGCCCGACCCUAACCUCAUCACAUUCCUCACCCUGCUGGAGCAUCUGAAGAGGGUUGCUGACAAGGAACCCAUCAACAAGAUGUCCCUCCACAACCUGGGCACAGUGUUUGGCCCCACCCUGCUCAGGCCAUCUGAGUCAGAGGUCACCAAGGGACACAUCACACUGGCCUCUGACAUUUGGUCACAUGACGUCAUGGCACAGGUCAGUGUGACUUGGGUCCAGGUGUUGCUGUAUUACCUGCAGCAUCCUCCCAUCUCUUUUGCUGAGUUGAAGCGGAACACCCUCUACUUCUCCACUGAUGUGUAAAUCCCUUUGGGUUCCAGAGAGAAAGAGCCAUCAGCAACCGUCCCCCCGGCUCCCUUUUUAAAACUGUACCCCACCCCUCCUCAGACUACCUUACCCAGAGAGAGGGAGUCAGAUGUGAGGGGAGAGAAGUGGUUCCCUGUCACGUCUUCUACGGUCAUGUCAGUGUGCAGGAAUGAUGGCAGUCACCUCUACGUUACAGUACGUCCAUCUGGUGAAGAGCAGGAGUGGAGAGAGUAGCAGACCUCCCAGCUGUUACCUUUGACCCACAAUGUCAUUCUAGCCUUCUGUCCAUAUCUAGCUAUCAUCAUUCUAUAUCUGUGAGUCAGUGUUGCUGGGUCACAGUGGGCCAUCAGGUCUGGUGUCCUCCAGAAACCAGCUCUAUGAUCCCAGAUCUGGGCUGUUACUUACUUGAUUUUUCUUCUCGCUCCCCCCCCCCCCAUUGUUGUUUAAGAGGCAUUCCAAGAAAAUGGCAUUUACAUAUUUUAUAAAUAUUAUUUGUUUAGUAGUUCCUUUGUACGUAUUUUUUUUUCUCUCUGGCUUUGUGCAUGUGAAGGAGGAGUGCUGUGUGUACAAGCACAACAGAGCGUGUGUAUGUGUGUGUGUGUGUUAAAGUUAGAUUUUGAGGACUGUUGGAGUUUGCAAGACACCAGUAAAGGCAUGGCCACUUACAUUUUCUCUCCAUAUGCAAAUACUAGAGAGACAGCCCUCCGUCUGUUUGAGUCUUGGCCAAAUUUGCCCUAUUUAUUAUAAAUAUAUAUAUAUUACGUGUGCCUGUACAGUCCAGUACAACUACAGAAAUGCUCCAACGAGUCUGUUGUUUGAAGUUUCUUCAGGUAGUGAUUUUUUUUGUCGCUUAAGUUUCUCAUUCACAGCCAAGGGUGACCAAGCUGUACUGAAACCAUCACAGGAACACAAAGUGUACAUUUUGACGGUUGAUUCUGAACCACUCUUUUUAAAAAAAGAUUACAUCAGUAUGUAAGAUGAGGGUUUGAUGGAAUAAAACAUUUAAAAUGAAUGGAACAUUAGCUUUUUUCUCAUCAUUCCCUUGCAAGUCUGUUUAAAGUGUCAAAUGACACCUGUUAUAAUCAAUGGGAUGAUUUGUGUAGUUUAAUGCCCUCAUUGCAUGUUCAGUUUUUCAAUCAAAUCAGGCUGGGUAACACAAAUGUAGGUUUCACUGCUAUUUUGCUGAACAGGCAGUGUCCCAUCCUUGCUGUUUAAAUCCAACCUUUUUGCUAUCAAGCCUGAAACAUAUUUUGAAAUAAGCACUGUUAGAUGAGUCUAUUUGAUAUUUUUAAUAUGAUUAAAAUAAAAAUGUUGUAUUUUACUUCCUUUGAGAAGAAUUUGAGUAUACUGUAUUAACAAGGGUAAAUGUCGAUGUGAACUUUUCUUUUUUUAGUAAAAUAAAUAAAAGUGUACCAAAAAUA